AUGGGAGCCUUUAGGGGGCUACGUGGGGGACUUGCUUUCGAGGAGGGCCGUAAGGCCGUCGAGGUGACGCGUCGCCCUCGCGUCCCGUCUCGGUCUCGUCUUCUCUUUUCCCUGUCGCGGCCUACUCCCGUUUCUCUGUCUUCCCCGCCGCUCGCGCCUCCUCUGUUGGCACCUGCUCUUCGUACUCCGGUUUGUCAACUUUCCCCCUAUGCGGCGCCUCCUCGUUGGUCGUCUUCUCCUUCUGCCAGCUCCUCUGCUAUGUCAUCUUGCUCUCCGCUGCGGCCGCCUCGAGCGCGAAGUCUUUCUCUGGCUGCCUCUGAUUUGUUGUCCGCUUCUUCGUCUCCCCCUCCUUCCUCUGAACCGGCGGCGCCGGUUCGCCUUUGCACGAAGACAUCGACACACUCUUCCGUUGCACGGCGACGACUGCCGCUCGUUUCUCGUCGCUUCCGGUCACGGGCCUCGCCACAAUCCGUGUCCUAUGUAUUUCCCAUCGACUACCCUUUUUCCUCUAGCUCAUUCGUCGUUCCUCCUUCCAUUUCUCCAUUCUCUUCGGUUGUCGCUGCGUAUUACUGCUUUCCUUCGUAUUCGCCUCAGCGCUCUGUCCGUUUUUUUCAUCACUCUUCAGAAGACAGAUCCGCCGCACCAGGCAUCCGCAAGCUGUCCGCACUAAGCAUCUGUACGAGCACCACUCCCCUGCAGUCCGGACAGAGGGCAUUCCGGUGUGUGUACACUUCGGCGGGCGGGGGCGGGAAGGAAGGCGACCCCGGCUGCGCAUCCCAGCAACAUGGGCACCGACAGCCGCCGAAUCCACCUGAAAGGGAGUCAAGGCGAUUUUCGACUCCCUCUUUUCCGUCCUCGCUGUCUCCGACCUCUUCGUCCUGCAGCGCUGUUGAGGCAGAUAGACCCGCCAAUUGUGCACAGGCUGACAGACCAGGGGAGGAAACAAGAUUGUCAUCCUCCUACCCGCCUCAACACCUCCGACGUUCCGCACCGCAUCUCCCCUUCUCCUGGACUCCGCCGACGCCAUCUAGCCUAGGAGAAAAAACAGCAACUUCUCGUCAAUCUAGCGGGGGCAGAGAGGCCGAACGAGAGCCCGUUCCUCCCAAUUUUGGCGCUGGCGCGGACCGGCGGAUGCCUCGCCAACAGGAGGUGAAUCGAAACUGUCCCUCCCGGCCGCAAGAAGGCGUUCGGGCCUCUCCUGCGUCUCUUCCAGUCGCGUCGCUCUGUCGAUACGGGUUGCGCUUGCCUGACGUCUCUCCCACUUCGCCGUCCUCUUCUCCUGGCUCCUAUGUAUCGUCAGCUGUGCGCUCGGCGCGUCCCGAGUUUCACGCAAGUUUUCCUCUGUCGUCUCUGGCUGCCGCGCCUUCGGAGCCUCCGGCAUCUCCGUGGGCGGGUGGUGGAGCCUACAGCGCGGCGGGAUCAAGGGAUGUGGAGUCUCGAGGUGUCUCUGCGGGGACAGGAAACAGGCGAACGGCCGGCGCGCCGGCGCUGUCUACAAGCCCGUGGGGCGAGCCGGAGGCGGAAGAUUCUCGCGGCGAAACCAACCACACUCUCGCCGCCUUCGCUCCCCCGAGUGGCUUGAGGCAGCCCAACAGCGACCGGUUGGCGACAGAAGUGCCACGCGCUCCAGAGAGGGAUCCGCGUGCUCACGACAGACGGCCGCGGCUCGAGAGGCGGCGACGAGACGCUGAACGGAGACAAGAGAGACACUGGCAGCAGGAGGGCCUCGAGGCAGCGCGGCCAAGGCUACGGGACGUGAAAGAACGGCGGGAAAAAGUAAAAACCGUUGUGGGGAGACUGCUGGAGGAGGCCGUCGAGCUUGUAGAGGCUUUCGAGGUGUGCAAGGAGGGCGAGUCGGGAGACUUGUCAGAGAGGAUGCGGAAAAUGGAGAAGUGUCAAUCAGACAUCUUCGACAUCCACAAGAAAAUCGCUGCUCACGUUCACGCGGCGACAGAGGAGGAGCUGCUGGAGCUCCGCGGCCACGUGGAGGCACUGCUGAUGAGGCAGAAACUGGUGGUUCACCGCCAUCUGCUUCUGCCGCUCCUGGAGGAGCUGUACAGACGGGACAUGGUUGGAGGCGUUCGCACGAGUACGCUGGUGCGGUACUUUCGAGACCUCUGCGACACAGGUCACGGCGAGGGCGCAGUUCCCGACGUGCUGAUCAAACGCGUUCACGCGUCGAUAAUGGACCGCAAGAGAGAAUUCCUCGAGAGCCACGACCUGGGAAACGCGCUGCUGCUCUUCCUCUAUAACUGCUGCCUGCUGCGGCUGCCCACGGGCGGCUUAUAUUCGGAGUGGGCGCAGAGGACGCUGCAGCCGAUGUCCGGGAAGCCCGGCGAAGCCCGCGAGCCUGUCAAAAUCUCGCCCCCGCUUGUCGUGUUCAUUUCCAGAGUCCUCAUCGCAGAGCGGUGUGGAGUCGUCGGAGUUUGGCAUGCGGUUCUAGACCUCACUCUCUCGAUUGAUCCGCGCACGUCGCCGUUUUUUUUCGCUGCGUCCGCCUCGGUUGAGCUGAAGCCCGCGCGACAGCCUGCGGGCAGCAGCGCGUGGGUCCUGGAAGCGGAGGGAGCUGAAGGCGAUGCGGCGCCCGCGGACGGCGAGGCGGACGACCGCCUGUCUCGCUACUGCCCAGGAGACGAAGCGCAGUGGCUGGCCAACGCGACGCGCACCGCGGCGGGCGCUGCCUCCAUGGGGAUUCGCUUUCACCCCGCGCUCCAAAUUAUUUUUGAUCGCGUGGUGGAGGCGGCGAAGAAGGUCGCGAGCGACGCAGCCUUCCGCACGCUCUUUGUCUGCCAGGCUGAGCGCCACAGCUGCCGGCUGCUUCAGUACAUUUGGUCGCUGUGCUUCUACAACCUUCAUCUGCACGAAGACUUCCCGCAGGUCCUCCACGCCGCAUGCAGGCACGGAAGACUUGACUACGCUGCACAGUACCUUCUCAACUUCUCCUCGCCUGCCUUCGUACCUUUCCAGGUUGCGGAGGCGAUCAUGUUUGGACAGCGCGAGAACGGCGCGCUGGUGCGGAGCUGUCUCUCUGCGACCAGCACAGAGAUUCUGGAGGAUAUUUUGACUUGCGUGAGGCCGUCCUGCCCCGCCUGGGCUUCGAAUUUCUUGUCGCCUCACCCCCACUUCCGCGGCGAGUUCGAGCGCUUCCUCAGCCUGAAUGAGAUCCGCUUUUCCUUCCUCAACCGGCGCGGCGUCUCUUGCCUGCACCUAGUCGACCUGAAGGGCGACGGCGCCGCGCCGAGUCCUCCCCCUCCCUCGUCAGCGGCCCCCAAAACGUCCGCGACAGCCUCGAGCGCCUCGCGCGUCUGCGUCGUUUUGAUUGACUUGGCACGGCAGCCGCGAGACCUGACGCCCGCGAUUCAGCCCGGUCUCCUCGGCGGCCACAUGAUGCAGAAUCGGCUCCUGCGCAGACUCGGCUGGAGGGUAGAGGUAGUCUGCCAGAGUGAAUGGGACGCGCUCGACGUGGAGGGCAAGCACACCCUCGUCAAACAGAUCCGCGUACGCUCCACGAAAAAAAGCAACGCGUGCUAA